AUUCAUUUGAUUUACAAUGGCGUCCGGAGACAUUCUUCAGAUAGCGAAAACCUCUUUCGAAGAAAAAUUUCAUACUAGUCCUACGAUUGCUGUUUGUGCACCUGGAAGAGUUAAUCUCAUUGGGGAGCAUACAGACUACAAUGAUGGUUUUGUUUUUCCAAUGGCUUUAGAGCUUGUGACAGUAAUAGUUGGAAGAAAGUCAGACAGUGAUGUUUGUCAGUUAGGUACUAUUGCAAAAGGUGUAGAUGAGCCAUUGAUGAUUUCAUUUCCUGCCCCAACACCAGAGAAGCCCUUGAUUCCUGGCAAGCCAUCUUGGGCUAACUAUGUCAAGGGUGUCAUUGCUAACUUUCCAGGAGAAAUCCCUACUUUUGAUGCCAUGAUUGCAACCUCAGUUCCUUUGGGAGGAGGGUUGUCUAGUUCUGCAUCUCUCGAAGUUGCCACUUAUACUUUUCUUGAAAAACUAACUGGGAAAGAGCAAAAAGACUUGAAGGCAAAGGCUUUGGCAUGUCAAAAAGCUGAGCAUGACUUUGCUAAGAUGCCAUGUGGGAUAAUGGAUCAGUUUAUCUCUGUUAUGGGAAAGAAAGGCAAUGCUCUUCUGCUUGAUUGUAGAUCUAUGGAAGCCAAACUUGUGCCAAUGACAAACCCUGAUUUAGUUGUCCUAGUAACUAAUUCCAAUGUGCGGCAUGAGCUAACAGGAAGUGAGUACCCAACAAGAAGGAAACAAUGUGAAACAGCAGCAGCAGCAUUAGGAAAACCAAGUCUUAGGGAAGCUACCAUGGCUGAACUGGAAGCCAGCAAAGGAAAGCUAGAAGAUGUUGUGUUCCGCAGAGCAAGGCAUGUGAUUGGAGAAAUUCAAAGAACUACUGAAGCUGCGGCAGCCAUUGAAAAGGAGGAAUAUGAGAAGUUUGGAAAACUGAUGGUGGAAAGUCACAACUCAUUACGAGAUGAUUAUGAAGUUAGCUGUGAAGAGCUUGACCUACUGGUUAAACUUGCUAUGGAGGUAGAUGGGGUGUACGGUUCCCGUAUGACGGGUGGCGGCUUUGGUGGGUGUACUGUUACUCUGGUGAAGAAGUCCUCAGUUGACAGUCUCAUAAAACACAUUAAGGAUGGCUAUGGAAACAAGGCUACAUGUUUAGUGACCAGUCCAGCUGAUGGAGCUAAAGCUCUAAGUCUUUAAUAUUUGAAGUUAUUGUGCUAUUACUUGGGCAUCACUUACAUUAUGUUUUCAAGAAUUGAACUCUAAAAAAAAAGCAGUCUAAGUAAAUCAUUCAAAGGUGUGGUCAAGAUGGUUUAGGUGAUGGAUUGCACAUUAUGCUGUUAUCAUGAAAUUUCACGAAAAUAAUUUAAUUUAUAGGUUUUCCAGUAAUAGAAUUAUUUAACCUUGAGAGGUGUCAGUAUUUUAGUUAGAAAGAAUGUACUUUUUAUGAUGAAAAUACACUGUACCAAUAAAGCAAAAUAUUUUCUUG